CCAAGAACCCAGAAAGAUUCCACGAAUGUAAAGAGACCUAACACUGGAAAACAUUCAAGAUGGUUUUAAACUUUCGUUUAUUCAAUUGUGACCGUACAUUUAGUCUUGAUAAAGUCGAAGCACUUAUCCAGCGAGUUGCUGCGAAGCUUUCUCGUGAAACCAAGAUCGAAAAGACUUACUUUCCUCUGCCCCGCAUGGACGAGUUGUGUGUGGAACUCGAGAAAGAAGGCAGCCAUUUUGAUGAGUACGCUGUGUUUGUCGUCCAUGCUCAUGAAUCUCGGCUGUGGAUUAAUACAGGCGAUGGUAAUGAAGGUUAUUCUAAGCUGUACCAUAUUCUGCAAAAAGUUACAGGUGAUCGAGUGCUGAUUGUGAUUGGUGGAGAUGACAAUUACAAAGACCAAGAAGAGCGUGACAAGUCACCUCUGUCACGCUGGGCCUGGCGCAAGAUUUCUUCUCAGUUCACUGAAGAUUACGUCAAUGGAGUGAGAAGUUUUAUUUUCUCAUGGGAGGAAGAUCACCAUCCCAUACACGAAGAGGCGCUCGAGUUCUAUCUUGACCCGAAGAAAUUCGUGCCAAGCCCAAAGCCACUUCCUACAAAGGUCCCUGAGAAAGAAGAGACUAAAGAAGUUGAACAGGCUAAACUAUCGGAGGUAAAGAAGCAAGAGCCACAACCCAUGGAAACAAAAAAUAUUUUUGAAAACGAAUUUCCACCACCAAAGCCACUCCUUGCGAAGGUCCCUGAGAAUUAAGAGACAAAAAAAGUUGAAAAGAGUAAA